AUGUCUACUCUCCUGGAAAGCAUCAUGGCCAUCAUCGACCUUUUCCACCAAUAUUCAAAAAAUGAUAAGGAGACUGAAACACUAAGCAAAAAAGAGCUGAAGGAACUUCUGGAAAUGGAGUUUCGGCCAAUCCUGAAGCAUCCAGAUGACCCAGAUACUUCUGAUAUCUUCAUGCAUAUACUCGACAUAGACCACAACCAGAAAAUAGACUUUGCUGAGUUUUUACUGAUGGUGUUCAAGUUGGCACAAGCAUACUAUGAAUCUACCAGAAGACAGAACUCCCAAAAAUCAGGGCCAAAGCAGAAAAAGCACAGACAGCAUUAUCAAGAUGAAGCAGAGGACAUAGAAGAAGAGGAGGAGGAAGAAGAAGGAGAAACAACAACCAGUCUUACAAGAAGAAGUGAUGGAAAACCAAAAAAGGCAAGAUCCAAGAGCCCAAGAGGAAGAGGGAAGACCAGACCUGGAUCUAGCUCUGGAAGUGAAGGAAGAAAACAUCAUUCGUCUCCUUGUACAGGAAGAGAAGGAGGUGGAAAAACACACCAUCAACCAAAUGGGAAACUGAAAAAGAGGCAUAAUUCUACUGAAAGUAGAGGAAGAAAGCACAAGACAGAUGUUAGUCCCUCCAGCAGAAAAGGAAGAAAAGAAGGUGAUUAUGGUUAUAAAAAUACAAGGGGAAUGUGUGCAAGUUGGAGAGAAUUAGGCAAUACAAACUCAUACCACAAAACCGAGAAUGACACAUUUAGUACCACUGAUAUGCAACAAAAAGAUAAAACAAUUAAAAACUCUGAGUCUCAUAAGCAAGAAAUAUCACGUCAAGUACAAAGCUCCAGAAACUCACAGUAUGCCCAAGGACAAUUAUUAUUUGGAUCCCAGACAAGCAGACACAUAGGAUCCAGGGAAAGUCAGGACAGUAAUAGCGAAGAAUAUUCUGCAGAUUCAGACGUAAAAUCCCAGUCUGGUUCCAGAAUCCAACGAGGAUCUGCCAGUGACCAUUCCAGGGAUGGCUCCAGAAACUCUAGGCCUUAUCAACAGGAAAAAGUGACUCAUGGACAUUCUGAAUCCGCCCCUGGAAACUCAGAUUCCAGUAGCAGAAGAACACAGGGAUCUACUCAUGGACAGUCUGGAGACAGCUCUAGAGGAUCAGGCUCUCAAAAUGGAGACACUGCCUCUCAAGGACAGGCUGGAUCUUCCCAUGGGCACUCAAGAUCAAGCCCAAGAGGAACACAAAAAUUCCACAAUGAGGAGACAACAGAGAGCUCCACACAAUCAUGGAAUGGACAUGUACAUGACAAAUCCCCCUACUCAUCAAGGACAAACAAAAACAGGGGGUCCAACAUCAGUGAGAGGAUCGAAAGCGAAGAACAUUCAAGAGACUCAGAGAGACAACACGAAUCCACCAAAGGAAGCUCUGCACCCAGCAAGAGGAACCAACGAGAAUUUGCACAAAGCCACUCAGGGGAAAGGACAAAACACUCAGCUUCAAAUCGAGGGGAAGAGGCUGCACACAGGCAGUCUGAAUCUUCAAAUGGACACCCCAGAUCAACCACAAGACAAAGACCAUGCAGCCAUCAGGAGCAGUCAGGCAACAGAUCCAGGCACUCUGGAACUGGACAUGGACAAACCUCAUCGGCAUCCAGUGACCAUAGAUAUCAGGGAUCCAAUGUAGGUCAGGCCAGUGAUAGUGAAGACCCAGACAGCCCAUCAGUGUCAGCCCAUGAUCACUCUGGGGUAAGACACAGCAACCAACAAGAAACUGCACGUGGCCACUCAGGAGAAAGAUCUAGGCACUCUGGCUCACAUCAAGGGCAGGAGGCCACACACAGGCAGUCUGACUCUCUUCAUGGGCACGCCGGAUCUAGCACAAGAGACAGACAAGGCAGCCAUCACGAGCAGCCAGGAGAAAGAUCCAGGCACUCUGGAACUGGACAUGGACAAACCUCAUCGGCAUACAGUGACAAUAGGCAACAUGGAUCCAACAUCAGUCAGGCAAGUGAUAGUGAAGGACAAUCAGAAGUCUCAAAAGCCCAGUCAGAGUCAGCCCACGGGCACGCCAGGGCAGGUAACAGGAACCAACAAGAAUCUGCACGUGGCCACUCAGGGGAAAGAUCUAGACACUCAGGCUCACAUCAAGGGCAGGAGGCUGCACACAGGCAGUCUGACUCUGUUCAUGGGCACUCCGGAACCAGCACAAGAGAAAGACGAGGGAGCUAUCAUGAGCAGUCAGGAGACAGAUCCAGGCACUCUGGAACUGGACAUGGACAAACCCCAUCGGCAUACACUGACCACAGACAUCAGGGAUCCAAUGUAGGUCAGGCCAGUGAUAGUGAAGUCUCAGACAGCCCAUCAGUGUCAGCCCAUGGUCACUCUGGGGUAAGACACAGGAACCAACAAGAAACUGCACGUGGCCACUCAGGGGAAAGAUCUAGGCACUCUGGCUCACAUCAAGGGCAGGAGGCCGCACACAGGCAAUCUGACUCUGCUCAUGGGUACUCCGGAUUGAGCAGAAGAGAAAGACAAGGCAGCCAUCACGAACAGUCAGGAGACAGAUCCAGGCACUCUGGAACUGGACAUGGACAAACCUCAUCUGCAUCCAGUAAUCGCAGACAUCAGAGAUCUAACAUCAGUCAGGCCACGAAUAGUGAUGACUCAGACAGCCCAUCAGUGACAGCCAAUGGGCAUUCGGGGCACAAGAGACAGACAAGGCAGCCAUCACGAACAGUCAGGAGACAGAUCCAGGCACUCUGGAACUGGACAUGGACAAACCUCAUCUGCAUCCAGUAA